AUGGCUCUGAUCGGUAACAUGAUCGCUCAAGCCUUUGCCGGAAACCCUGCCACAGUUAACUAUGCCAUGUUUGUCUCGGCGUUUUCGAUGUUCACACUGUUUUACUUGGUCCCAGCUUCAUUCAAUGAGGAUUGGGCGAUCCACCCAAUUUUCAUGAUUAUUCUGGAUAUCCUGAAUGCAAUCUUCUUUUUCACCUCGGGUAUUGCGCUUGCGGCCAAGCUUGAAAGUCACAGCUGUAGCAAUGAGAACUAUACUCUCCAUAAUGAGAUCACCAAUGGCUCUGUACAUCGCGAGAAGCGUUGCCGUGAAGCUCAAGCAUCUACAGCUUUCCUCUGGUUCGCCUGGGCUGGAUAUAUGGCGUCCGCUGUCCUUUCAUUCAUGAUGAGUCGCAAAACUGGUGUCAACCUCCGCGGACGUACUGCUCCCCAUCGUGGGGCUCGUCCCAGCAUGACUCAAGUUUAA